AUGUACAGCUUCAUGGGAGGAGGGUUGUUCUGCGCUGGUGUGGGGAAUAUACUCUUGAUUGUUUCCACAGCAACCGAUUAUUGGAUGCAGUACCGCCACUCAAGCAACUACAUGCAUCAUGGCCUGUGGCGGUACUGCACACCGACAAAGUGCAUCACGCACACAGACAGCAUUGCUUAUUGGGAUGCCACCAGGGCCUUCAUGAUCCUCUCCCUCAUGUUCUGCUUCAUCGGAAUCAUCAUUGGCAUCAUGGCCUUCAUCCACAGCUCCUACUUCGACAGGUUUGACAAAACCUUUGCUGCAGGCAUACUUUUCUUCAUCUCAUGCUUUUUUGUACUGCUGGCAAUGGCCAUUUACACUGGCGUGACAGUAAAUUACUAUGGCAAACGAUAUGGUAACUGGAGAUUCUCAUGGUCUUACAUCGUCGGCUGGGUAGCGGUGGUGCUCACAUUCUUUUCAGGUAUAUUCUACAUGUGUGCCUACCGUAUGCACGAAUGCCCAAGGAGUUCCGGCACCCGCUAG